AUGCACCAACUGGUCAACUUAUACCUGAAGUCUCGAGGACGCAGUGUGAGUGGCACCAACUACUGGAAUCUUUACGCGAAUUACUUCAAGGACCACAUGCAAGAUGAGCUCGGCCGCAUUGGAAAAGAGGUACCAGAAGGCAGUGGGACGCCUAGUGCGACCUUGCGGACACAAUGCUACGAGAAAUUCAAGGACACCUUUCCAGACGCCUAUCAAGACAUCCUGUCAAAGCACGAGGAAGUAUCUCACCUGGGUUCAUCUCCCCAGACCAUAGCCCAGCGCGGACAGGCGUUCCAAAGACACUACCGAAGUGUGAUGAGCAUUCUUCAGUCCGGCUCCGCUAGAUUCGGGUUUGAGGGUGCCGUUGUACUAUGUGGUAAGAUUGUUAAUGAAGACGCUUCGCUUGGCCAUUCUUACAGCACAUCUGGUGCUGCUGGUUUCUGGGAAACGCGAUGCCGUGCCAGCGAUGACGCGAUCAUUGGUCAUCUCAAAGCCCAUGUGUAUAACACUACAUUGCUAUCUGCGAUCGAAGAAGCAUUUCCAGAAACAGAGGACGAUAGCCGCAAAAAAACGACUCCAAGCCUUGCCAACGACGUAGACCAGGCUUCUGACGUGGUGGAGGGACGACGGGAGGAUGGCUUGAAAUUCGUGAAGCAAGAAAUCACCAAGCAAGCUGCCAAAUUUGGCUGCACAAUCAACAGCGGGAAGAUCUUCCCUUGGAAACUUAUGCCGGCCGCGCUCAUGGAAGCCAAUCUCAGGAUCCAAGGAUAUCCUGCACACAGAUGCAUAUUUCCCGGCGAGGCUCACAGUAAACUUGCGCUAAACAAAGGCAUUGGGGCGCUGAUGCAGAAGGAGAUCACUGCGCUUGUUGAUUCUUUGAGGGCGGGCACUAUGCACAUCACCCAAUUUCCCCAGGAGGAUCGAUUGGCUGUGAGCACUUCUCAGAAGGCCGUAAUCGAGGGCGAAGCACCUCCGCCUGAAUGGCCCCAACAUGGUGCACGAUGGUUGUUCCUUGACGGUCACACUGAUCACAAUGGGCUCCCUCGCCUCAAGCCUAGUACAGCAACUACGAAGGUCAAAAAGGGUAAGGGUAAAGCACGCGAGUCCCCUACACCCUCCGAUGAUGAAGGUGUGGAUAAUGAUGAUUCAGUUGGAACUUCCGCGCCCAAGGCCCUACCUCGAACAAUUCUCCGAAAGCCUAACCCUAAUAUGCGAGUCGAAGUUGUACCUCCACCAUCACGGCCUUUCAAAGUCGUCCGACCUCCGCCAUCGCGUCCUUUCAAAGUUGUUCCAAAGCCACCUGCAACUCGGAGUGAGGUAAUAGAAUUUACGUCCACUGAAGAGAACUCCGUGGAUGAGUCCGACCCUGAGUACGAGGAACCAGGACAAGGAAAGAAAAGGAAGCUGAAGUCCGCGAAUACAUCACGUGGGUUUAAGAAGACUGCCCUGUCUACUGAAAAGACUAAUUCUCCAAAAGUGGGGAAGAAAGGUGGGUGGGGUAAGAAUAAUGUCCAACCCAAGGCGCCUCCGCCUCCCUUGUCAACCUCGAAUACUUUCCCCAUGAAAGGCGGUCUGCUAUCGCCUUUAACAGUGGGAUCAUCGACCGAUGGUCUGCCAUCGCCAGAAAAUAGUGAAGUCGGUAAAGCAAUGCGUCUCCGAGACGGACCUUCUGACGAGUCCAAAAAGGAACGUGUUAAACCACGCCCACUCACCAAGGUCUCUCGGGUGGUGAUGAACCGUGGCCUUCGUAUGGUGUACGGGAAAUCGGACUCUGGGUCUGACGUCGCCAGGAGCAUGAAGGCUGAUUCUGCUACCACAAUGGGCGCCAUCCCCGAGGCUACUGGUUCAGCAAAUACUCAAUCUGAACUUUUGGAGGAAAAGUCUACACAGCGGGUGAAGGAUGAAGUAGUAGGAGGUAUGGAGGAAGAACUACCCCCAACCGCCCCAUUGAGUGUUACUGUUCCCAAUGAGCAGCCUGUUCGUGACUCCGACACCCCUCGUCCCCGCACUCCUCGUGAAACUCAGGACGAGCGUCCACAUGAUGCCCCUCGUGACGACAUUCCCCAUGAUGCCCCUUGUGACAAUCCUCGAGACGGUCGUGAGCUUCCACGCAACCCUCUCCACGACCCUCGGGAUGGUCGUUACCCUCUCCACGAUCCUCGGGAUGGUCGUGACCCUCUCCGCGACCCUCUCCGUCAUGAAGACACUCGAAGUGCUGUUCGCAACCCUCCAUACAACCAUCGUGAGGUCGUACGUGACCCUCGCGAUGGCCUUCGUGAUUCUUGGGACACUGAUCCUCGUUAUCCGUACACCCGAGGGUACUCAGGGUACUCGCAAGAACCUGUGCGUGGCCUCGACCGUGACACUCUUCACCCCCGUGAUGCAUUCUACCACCGCAAUUCUCGCAAUUCCCGCUACGGUCCACCCCAAGAUCCUUAUGGAUCUGGUGAUAUUCGUGUAGAAAGUGACUUGAAUACUCGCGACAGCUCACCUGCGUCCGAAUUUCAUGAUAACUAUGGUCCUGGUGAGCGCAAACGCACCUACCCAACCCGAUACAGGCCCCGACGCGAUGACCUCGAUGAGCGCGGGCAAUCGCUAAGUCCCUAUCAUAGUCAUCCAGUUGGUGGAGGGCAUUACCGCGAGGGUGGAUACCCCCAAGGCCCCAGCAGGAGAUUCCAGGAUUCAAGAUGGGAUGAAGAUGACUAUGGUCAUGAUGCUAUACCACGAGCAUUCAGUCGCGAUCUGCCCAAUCCCCUGAAGCCUCCUCCUGCUACUUAA